AUGCUUGAUUCAUCCUCGAGCGAAGAAGAGGACGCAGCUGGUGGAUUUGGAAGUUAUGGUAACAAGUCUUCGGCUUCUUCGACAGCUGGUGCAGGUCGUCGAGGUGGUGCAUCCGGUAGAGGAAGUGGAGGAGGAGGCAGCCGACAGUACAGUCGGCCCGUAUCGCAGGGCAGAACGGCCAGCACUGGAGCCAGUACUCCAGACUCCCAACGUUACACGGGCAAGUGGGCGAAUGGACCAGCCCAAGGAUCCACAGGAUCAACAGACUAUCGUGAUCAACCUUCCACACCCUAUCGAAAUGUUCCACCCAAUAAAAGUUCCGUUUCACAUCAAGGGUCAGUCCAGGAACGCUCACGCCAUUCAUCUUCUCGUAGCAACGCGUACGACUCAUACGAGGAUCGCUCAAGUCAUGGCCCAUCACAAAGAGGGCCACAGUCACGACUAAGAUCGCAACAGUCUGUUGCCGGACAAAGUGUCGAUGACGAAGAACUGAGCGUUUCCACAGUCAGCCUGAACACUCCUGGACCAGGGACGGCAAAUUAUACACAAGGUGAAUAUCAACACGCGGGUCAUGAUAAUCAAAUACGUGGAAGUAGCACAUACAGUGUGAACAGUUCAAACAGCGGUGGUGGUCGUGCCGGAGGCACUCCCAUGGAUGGGCAAAGUCCAUAUCGGGGUCGACACCAGAUGAGCAAUAGCUCUUCGAGUACUUCGCAUACACCAGAAUCCGCUGGUAGUACGCAAACAGCCCAAGCCCCACAGCCCCCACCAAUGCCAAAAGAUCCGGCUGCACUGGAACUGGAGAAAACAGAACGAGAAGAGGUGGAACGGCGAAGAACCUUGCAACUCUAUGUGUUCGUCAUGCGUUGUAUCGCAUAUCCAUUCUAUUCCAAACCCCCAACCGACCUGGUUCGUCGCUAUUUGAAGAUCACCAAGCAGCAAUUGAACGCAUUCAAAGAACGAUUCCAGGCAUUUUUGAAUGGAGAACUGGAUGUUGUCGGAGACGAGGCAUUCACAAACGCUAUCCAGAGCUACUAUGAGGUGUUUCUGCGUAGCGAUCGUGUCGCCAGUAUGGUUCGCGGUGGGGGCUGUUCGAUGCAUGAUUUUCGGGAAGUGUUCCGUUUGAAUAGUGAGCAUCGUGUUCGAUGUCUGCCCCAAAUCGAAGGUUUGAACAAAUCCAAUGUGGUCAGCGCGUGGAUGGUCAAAUUUGAUCAGAUCUGUCGUGGAGGAGCUGGACCGUCAACAGUACUACAAAAACUUCAAGUCCCGCAACCUGAGGUUGUUAUGAGCAAGGAACAAUUGUACGAAUUGUUUCAAGUCACACUGGGUGUCAAGAAAUAUGAACAUCAGAUAUUGUACAAUGUGCUUCAGCUGGACAAUGCGGAUGAACAAGCUGCUCAGGUACGCCGAGAACUGGAUGGUCAACUACAAACGGCCGAGGAGUUAGCCAGAUCUCGCCAGCUACCCCGUUUAGUGAUGAAAGACAUGGAACCGCUAUAUACGGAAGAAUUGAAAAAGAUGGUCGGCGAAUUAAUGCUACGUCUUGAGGCCGUCCCGGUAUCUAAAGGAUCGAGUAGUUUUCAAAAAUUCAAAAAGCACAAUCGCAAUCAGAGCUCCUCGGGAAGCGGUUCAUCUGGCACUCUGUAUCGGGACUAUAGCGAGGAUUCGGUUGAAAUGAAUUUGAAAAGCAAAUUAGACAUUCAGUUAAAUUUCACACUCGAAAUUGUGGUCGGGCAAGUGAAAAAUCUGAAACACUUACCUGCAAACAAAAUGGUUUAUUGCACAAUGGAAGUUGAGGGCGGUGAGAAGUUGCAAACCGAUUUGGCAGAGGCCGGUAAACCAAGUUGGGGCACCCAAGGUGAUUUUACUACCUCACAACCACUGCCCACAGUGAAAGUGAAACUGUACGCCGAGAACUCAGGUCUUCUGUCGUUGGAAAGCGGAAAGGAAUUAGGACGAGUAAUACUCAAUCCAACCUGUAUGGGUAUGAGGCAAGCAGAGUGGUACAAGCUGCAAACGGCCAAAAGUGUACCGGAUAAACUGGAACUGCAACUAACCGUUCGUAUGGACAAACCAUCCAAUUUGAAAUACUGUGGACAUCUGUAUGCGCUGGGCCGAACAGCGUUCAAAAAAUGGAAGCGUCGUUAUGUGUGCCUGAUCCAAGUCUCCCAGUACACAUUUAUCAUGGCCUCGUACAAGGAACGUAAAUCAGAUCCGUUGGAAAUUAUGCAAAUGGAAGGAUUUACCGUGGACUACUGCGAUGUACAACAUGAUCUUGCUCAAAUGGGUGGCAAAUUUUUCUUCAAUCUCGUCAAAGAAGGUGAUAGUGUCACGUUCGCCACGGACGACAUGAAUGAACGACAACAAUGGGUCCAAGCAAUUUACCGGGCAACCGGUCAAACCCACAAACCUGUAACUCCACCCAAAGAUGGCGCGACCGUGGUGGUCAGCAAUCCGACCAUGAGUUCACGUGCAGCAGCACCGAGUCUAACCGGACGAUCACAAGGAGGUAGGUGUCAAUGUUUAUGGUGUGAACGCGUGGACGACAAGCCGUUUAUUUUAUGCACACGUUCCCAGGUUUUUUGGUGUGUCACACCAGUUGUGAAAAUGCGGUGUGAGCAAAAAGUUAAUGGGCGAUUCACGGGUAAAUGA